AUGGCUGAGAUAAUCGGAGUGGUGUCUGCUGGGUUCGGUAUAGCAGCGUUCGCCGUUCAAAUCACAGAUACGGUUCGAGGCUUACGCGGUGCCUCUGGGUUCAUCCAUAACAAGGCUCGGGGCGAGUUGGAACUUCUCAUCCGGCGCUUAGAAGCUCUUCGAAAAUCUCUGCUCUCUCUUGAACACGUUCAAUCAUCCAGCAGUGUUGAACAGGCUGUCACAAAUUGCCAGUUGGCAUACAGCAGCGUCGACGUUAUCCUGCAAGAUGUGACCCAGAAACUCUCUCGUCUACAAGGGAGCAAGCUAAAGCUUGCUCGGCACACCACAUCCAUUGCGGAACAACUGCGAGCGGCAAGGGAAAGACUUGACUCUGUCAUUGAAGACCUCACGCUUACUUGUGUACUCGUCGUCUAUGCCCGACACACUGCGGCGAGCGAUGCGCAGAAUGCAAGCUCUAUCUCGUCGCCAAAUGCUGCCAGCAAUCUCUCGCCUGCCACCAACCCAGUCUCUACAACGCAACUAAGCCAUCUAGCGAGCGCAUCAAGUAGAAGGAAAUUAGUGAACUGCGCACUGCACCACCUCUGGGGCUGGGAGUACUCCCCGUUGUCCACCCUGUCCAGACCCUGUGAUGCUCCGGAAUGUACAGCUAAACGCUAUCGCUGGGGCUUGAAGUUUGCACUAACCAGGUAUGGUGUCCCUUUCAUGGUGUCUACCAGUCUCGAAUUUCUUUGGGGGGCCGGGAAAUAUUCUCUCAGACCGGCACUUAGCCUUGAGAGGGUGGUAAACUAUACCUCCCCAGGAUUUGAGGCACUCUGGCAUUUUGCAAACGGCAAUUUGUCAGUCUUGGACACUCAGCAACAGUUUCGAGAGCUUGCGAGGUGCGAUCCAUCCCUGAAAGAUCAUAUCCACCCUGGUGGGCGCAAUUAUGUUCAGGAACUCUUGUACUACGGACCGGGCAACCAGGAAGCCCAAUUCCAGCUACUCAGAUUCUUCGUUUGCGAGUUAGGGAUGAGUCUAGAAAACCUGGACCAAAAGUUUCUGGUUCGUUGUGCGGAAUGGAUUGGUGAAGGUUGUCAUCUCAAUCUGCUUGAGGCUAUCCUUGAGUAUGGGUUCGAUCCUUCUUGUAGCGAUUCGCCAGUUUAUCAGGAUUGGCCAGCUGUUUGCUCUCCAAAUUGGCGCUGUGAGGAAUACACACCAGACCCCUUUUUUAUCGAGUAUUUGGCUAUUCUCGGUGACGCGUGUCCUGGUUUCGGUGGAUUGACGCCUCUGCAUGAUGCUGUGCUCCGCAAUAAUACAAGGCUAGCGCAGUCACUUCUUUCUCCCUCAACGUUGCAUCCACAAUAUAACUUUCUAGGCCAGACGGCAUUGCACUUGGCAGUCUGCAACACGGAUAUGGUUCAAUUGCUGGUCAACGCUGGCCAUGACACGGACGUUAUAGAUAAGCGGGGUAAUACUCCUCUAAUGUAUGCAGCCGCGACUGGGAACAUCAGUACAGUGCGGCUACUCUUGAAAGAGGGCGCAAAUCCAUUUCUGCGAGACCACAAGCUGAAGCGCAAUUUCAUUGAGUAUGCGGCAGCUCGUGGGAAAUGGCAUCUUAUAAUUGACACCCUUGUCUGCAUUAACGAGAUUUUUCCACCGAAGGUCUACCAGUAUUUUGUUCUCUCGGCUCUUAUGUCACUGGUCUGCAGUGUGAGGACAAUGAUGUCUGAUGCGUGGAGUAAUAUAUUCGCGAAACUUGUCGGUUCGCUGACUGAUCCUAACAUCAAGGUCGAUGAUGCUGAUCGUGACACCGAGAACAAUAAUCUUCUACAUUACAUUUCGAACCCCGAAGACGCUGCAAUGCUUUUUAAAUGUGGCUUCAACAUGAUCAACUCAGCCAAUAGUAACGGCGAGACAGCCCUAUUUUCCUUGAGUGGCAUGCUGGAUGGAAACCUUACUCAAUUCUUUCUUGACCAAGGAAUGAAGAUUAACCAUACAAAUCAUCGGGGCCGAACCUUCAUAUUCUCUCUUCUCUCCAAAUUGUCUCAUCUGAACUCCAGGACUUGGAGUCAACUUGACUCACUCCGAGUCUGUUUAAGCAGGGGCCUAAACAUUCUUUCAUCUGAUUCCUGCCGAUGCCCAUGCUCACCCCGAGGAUGCUUUUACCCUGCCGCAUUCGAUGUCAGUUUCCUAGACCCGGUAUUCAGUCGCACACCUAGCUUCGUAUGGGCGCUGGAAUUCGUCACACAGGUGGAGGAAAGUGGCGGGCGGGAUCUUGCUAAGACAGUCAUCCUCGGCCUUCUUCGCAGAUCGUGCUUCGACAGACUUGAGAUGACUCACGUCUGCUGCCAUAGAGGCCGUGGAAUACCAGAGCCACACCUUUCGGAACGCGACCCACUACCCGAGUCUGAGAUCGAGGAGAUACUAGAUGAGGAAAAGGAGUUUAUCGCACAGCUCGAGAAGGAAAUGACCUCUUUCUCUUCGAUGCUCUUCAGCGCCCUGCGGAGAGAUUGGAUGGUGAUUCUUAAGACCAAAUAUGAGGAGCAGGUCCAGGCGGCUGAAACGCAGAAGCAGCGUUCUGACGCUCUGUAUGGGCCUUCUAAGGAUAAAUACCAUGUUGAUUACGCAAACGACACAUACUACAGCGUCUUUAGUUGCCGACUCGAUAGUAAGCCUGCACCUAUAUCUAACUCGAUGGCUGAAUAUAUUAUUUGGUUUGAGCAUCAGUACAACAGAUAUAGAGCAAACCAGCCUGGAUAUACCGCGGCUCAGACACAGGCCUGGUACGACAAAAGACUGGCAUGGAUCUUGGAGCUUAUGAAACUUAUGGAAUUGAGUGCUGCAACAGUUGCUGAAGCGAUCAAGGUCAAAAUAAAGUGGAUGACCUGGCAUGAGCCGAAUGUCCCGGAUAAACAAUGCAUAAUUGCUCAUUUCUUGAGCUCGAUUGCAUCGCGAAAGGGUACAGAAGGUUGUUAA